UUUCAGUCUGAUGAUCAGACAGUCAGCAGCAAGACAACAUGGAGGUCAGAGCUCUCUGCAUCAGAAUGUUGUUAACUGUACUGGUGUUGCUGCUGUCUGCACAAGUCCAGCACAGCGACUGUCACAAAGCCGAUGCAUCUUUUCCUCGUAUCGUUCCGUCCAGGCUGCAGUUCUUUGAAUACGAGUCUGUCUUUAUAAACUGUGAUGAACUGUCAUUUUUCAAUGAGACUGAAUGGAGAGUGAUGAGGAAGUUUGAUGAUAGGGAAACUAUAUGUAAUGUCAAAUGGGAAAAAACAGGAUCCUGCAACAUUACAUCUACAUUCGCAGGAGACAGUGGAGAAUACUUGUGUCAAGCUAAAGGAAAAACAAGCAGCAUUGUAAACAUUGUAGUGACAGCUGGUCCUGUGAUCCUGGAGAGUCCUGCGUUACCUGUGUUGAAGGGAGAUGAUGUAACUCUGCGCUGCAGAAACAGAAACAAGACGACCUCAAACCUUAAAGCUGAUUUCUAUAAAGAUGGCGUCCUCAUCAGGAGCAGCUCUACAGGAAACGUGACCAUCCGCAGUGUUUCCCAUUCUGAUGAAGGACACUACAAGUGUAACAUCUCUGGAACUGGUGAAUCAGCAGAGAGCUGGCUGGCUGUCACAGUUAGGCAAGUUGGAGAAUCAAACGAGACUUUGGUGGCUGUCACAGAUGAUCGUGAGAACCUCUUCACUCAAGUCUACACCCUAAUUUCGAUAGUCAUUGCUGUUUUUCUGCUGCUGCUGUUUUUGAUGGGACUUUGCCAUUGGUACAAAG